AUGGACAACCCAGCGCUGCAGGCCAUAUUGGCACAACUAUCAUCAUACAACCAAAAUGCCAGCGUCUUCCCUCCACAGCCUCAGCAAAAUGAGAGCUCGAUGCCGAAUGUUCAGCCACAACCGCAGUCCAACUUUGCUGCACCACCGCCUCGAGCCAUGAUCGACCCUGCUACCAUCACGACCUGGCAAGAAGGUCUCCGCUGCGUAACCAAGAUCGCCGCUCAGAAUGCUCAGUUUGCGGCGAGUAUCAAGCGGAUGAUCCAAAACCAACGCGAACACGAGACGCGCUGGUAUACCGAGCGGCAGAACCUCAAGCGAACUCAGUCCAAUCGGGCGGUGUCUUCCGCCAAAGUCGACUCCAUUCUUGCGUCUCUCGGCACUUCCCUCACCAAGUCUGCGGACAGAGCGCCUGAAGUGGACAAAAAUGCCGAGCUCCUCGACUUUGACCAGAAGAUUUAUGCGGCACAGCAGGCAAUGGAAGCAGGAAUGACGGCCGAGUUAAAGGGCUUGGGUGUGCCUUUUUUCGGGGUCAGUGAGGGAUUAGUAGUGCCGGAUGGAGCGGAAGUGAAGCGGGAUGAAGAAGGUCAUGAUGUCCCACUGAAGCGGAGCCAAUGUGUGACGGAGUCGGAGAUGAUGGAGUUGAGGCGGAGGAUGGUCAAGCACCUGGAGGAUCUGUAUCGCGAUUGA